AUGAUCUCGUACCAAGGCAUCAUCGCGAUCUGCAUCUUCGGCGCCGCCGCGCUGGUCACGGUCGGGUUCGUGGUCCACCGCCUGAUGAGCAAAGCGGACGACGUCGAGGACCAGUUCACCCCGUCCGACCAGCAGAGGCAGUACAUGCGCGACGUGCGCGGGAGGAAUAUGAUGGAGGCGCUCGGGGAUCCGAAGCUGCUGCGCCGGUAUCAUCCUCCGGCUGAGAUGGAACUCGCGUCCGUCUCGACCCGGACAUGA